GCCAAACAAAUAUCCCUGGUUCGUGGUUAAUUAAUAAAUUAAUGAAUUUAAUGAUACACUUAAAACAUAUGAACCGAGUUGACAAUUUUAUUAGAAAAUCUGUCGUAGUUUUAGGCAUUGUAUAGAUUCAAAAAACUAUACUAAGAUAUUAUGCGUAUACUGUAAAUAAUAAAUUGGUUAUUGUUUUAUAAACUCGCUUACUAUAAUAAAUACAAUUCUGAGGAUGUCUUCUUUACAACCUAUACAUGCCUUGAACUUAGAUUCUGUGCAACAGCAGGCAUUUGUGAAUUUUUUUAAUUCUCUUCCUGACAAACCACCGACGACCGUGCGUGUAUUUGACCGCAAUGACUACUACAGCAUUCACGGUAUUGACGCGACCACUGCAGCCCGGGAGGUCUUUUCGUCCGUGGCCAACAUAAAACGUAUGGGAGUGGAACCUAACCGCCUCGAUUACUUAGUACUUUCAAAAGGAAACUUUGAAAUUCUCAUUAAGAAACUGUUAUUGGUGAGACGUUACAGAGUCGAAAUAUACGUUGCCGAUGGAUCAAUAAAAGGCUGCGAUUGGUCACUCAAGUACAAAGGCUCUCCGGGAUAUCUGACGCAGUUGGAGGAAGUGCUUGGCGAAGGCUUAGGCGGCUCGGACGAGAACACGCCAUGCUUGAUGGCGGUUAAUAUAAAAACCGACCCGGUUUCAAAGGGUAAGCUCCUGGGAGUGGCUUGCGUAGUCGCUGCUGACUAUCAGAUGUCGGUCUCAGAAUUCACCGACGACGAUCUGCUGACACAACUUGAAACGAUAACCGUCCAAACGGCGCCUUCGGAAUGUCUUGUACCGUUCUCGGAUAAUGAUGACUACAAAGCUUUGAAGAAAGUAAUGGAUCGCACCAACGUGACCGUAACGAAACUGAAGAGAGUCGACUUCUCGACCGAAGGUCUCGUGCAGGACUUGAACAGAUUGUUAAACUUCAAGGAAGAUCAACAGCAGGACGCUAACGCCUUCCCGGAGACGAGGAAAGACUUGGCCAUGACUAGUUUAGCGGCCACGAUAAAGUACAGUGCUUUACUAAACGAAAGUACCAACUUUGGCAGAUUUCGUCUGUCCACAAUACGAACGGACUGCUUCCUACACUUGGACGCGGCGGCGCUGACGGCUCUCAACAUACUACCGGAGCUGGGCGACAAUUCGAACUCGCCUUCUAGAAGCUUGUUCGGUUUACUGGACAGGUGUCGGACUCAGCACGGCAAAAGAUUGCUGGCUCAAUGGCUGCGACAACCACUCCGCGACAUUAACCUAAUCAACGAGCGGCUAGACGUCGUGGAACUUCUCAUGAACAACUCCCAGCUGAGGCUUCAAUUGCACGAGGACCACUUACGGCGCAUACCGGACCUACAGGCCCUGACCAGACGACUGGCCAGAAAGAAAGCUAAUUUACACGACUGCUAUAAGAUAUAUCAGGCAAUCAAGAGGUUACCGUCUUUGCUACAAUGUCUCACUGAAGCAGAAAAUACGACAGUGCAUUCGUCACUCACGGAGCCCAUCUCGGAGCUGAACGAUGACCUCGACAAGUUCCAGCAAAUGAUAGAAGCUACACUUGACAUGGGUGCUGUAGAAAGAGGCGAUUUCCUAGUGAAGCCGUCGUUCGACGAACAACUGCAGAGUCUGAACGAACAACUGGAACGUCUGCAGUCGUCUGCGGAGAGGGAGCUGGGGAAGGCCGCGAGGGACUUGGGACUAGAUGCAGGCAAAACUAUUAAACUAGAAAAUAAUACGCAGAAUGGAUUUUGUUUCAGGAUUACUCUGAAAGAAGAACGAAAUUUACGAGGCGACAAGAAAUAUAAAAUAAUCGACGCCGUCAAAAGCGGUGUUCGAUUCAGAACUAAUACAUUGGAAUCAAUUAAUGAAGACUACACACAAGCCAAGACCGACUACGAGAAAGAACAAGAUAAGGUCGUUAAAGAAAUCGUCAGUAUAGCUGGUGGAUAUUCAGAAUGUUUGUUCUGUCUAUCUCACAUACUGUCGCGUCUAGACGUCUUGGUGUCUUUCGCUGUUGCCGCUUCAUCAGCCCCGUACCCGUACUGCAGGCCCGUGGUCACGGAGUCCAUCGACGAACUCAUCCUGAAGGAUGUGAGGCAUCCGUGUCUGGAGGUGCAGGAGGGCGUGUCCUAUAUACCAAACGACGUAGAAUUUAAAAGAGGCUCGGUGAUGCUGCACAUAGUGACCGGCGCGAACAUGGGCGGCAAGUCGACGUGGAUGCGGUCGGUGGGCGCGAGCGCGGUGCUGGCGCAGGCGGGCUGCCCCGUGCCCGCCGCCGCCGCGCGCCUGCCCCGCCUCGCCGCGCUGUGCGCCCGCAUCGGCGCCGCGGACUGCGAGCGCAGGGGACUCAGCACCUUCAUGACGGAGAUGAUCGAGUGCGCCGCCAUCCUUAAGACGGCGACACCGAACUCUUUGGUACUAAUUGACGAGCUGGGACGGGGUACGUCUACGUAUGAAGGCUGCGGCAUAGCGUGGGCUAUAGCGGAACAAUUAGCGAACGAGUGCAAAUGUUUCUGUUUGUUCGCGACCCAUUAUCACGAGUUGACGCGUUUGGCGAGCAUUCACCCGAACGUGAUAGUGAACUCGCACGCGGCAGCUUCGGUUGUCGAUGGACAGCUGGUACUGCUGCACAAGAUCCUCCCGGGACCCGCCGCGCGUUCACUCGGCUUGCACGUCGCCAGGCUCGCCGACCUCCCGGAUUCGAUUAUCGAGUAUGCAGAAGCGAAACAAGCGGAGCUAGAAACGAAUUUAUACGAAGUUGAAGCGGCUAUGGAAUCGAACGAAACAGCAGAGGGUCAGAAGCUUAUUAAAGAAUUCUUAAAAAAAUGCAAAGAAAUUCAAGCAUCUGCCAGUAGUGAUGAUAAAAUGAUGCAAGAGAUCAAGAUUUUAAAACAAGAAUUGUUAACUUGUGACAACAAAUAUGUCCAAACUCUAAUAUUGUGAAGUAUGGAUAAUUGUUUUAAUAUAAAGUUCCGAUAA